AUGUUUCGACAAAUAACAAUUCAUCCUGACGAUCGGAAUUUGCAGAGAAUUUUAUGGAGGGAUCAUGAUGGCUCACCUGUCGCUUUUCAACUAACAACCGUUACUUACGAUCUCAACUGUUCACCAUUUCUAGCCCUACGAACAACUCAACAGCUGGUGAAAGAUGAAGGUCAUAAAUAUCCAAAAGCAGUUAUUUCGCUGACAAAGGGUAUUUAUGUUGACGACAUUUUCGGUGGUGCGAAUACAAUUACCGAGACAAAAGAGAUAAUGCAAGAUUUGAUCCAGAUUUGCGAAACAGCAAAACUUCCUUUACAAAAAUGGAAUAGCAAUUGUAAGGAACUCCUACCUCAUUCAGAUGAAGAUGCGCCUUCAGAUGUGGAAAUCGAACCUACAUUUUGUAAAAUUCUAGGUCUUAUCUGGAAAUCUCGCUCGGACACACUUCAUUUCUUCCCAACAAUACCCUCCACUACUAAAUUUACGAAAAGAGCUAUUGCUUCCGACAUUGCCAAACUGUAUGAUCCAUUAGGAUUUAUAUCGCCAGUUCUAAUAAGAGCCAAGAUUAUACUACAGGAACUCUGGCUCCUAAAGGCUUCGUGGGAUGAACCUCUUCCUCCAGAAUUGCAACAGCGAUGGAAAACCUUUCGACAACAACUGCAACAGCUUGAACAGCUUACCAUACCAAGAUAG